GAGAGAGAGAGAGAGAGAGAGAAAGAAAGUAGCAGACACAGGCUGCACACCAGCAGUUGCUUUCUGAUCUGCACGGUGUGUAUGUAUGUAUAUAUACCAGAGUGGCGAGGAUGAGGUCGGCUCUCCUCCUCCUCCUCCUUCUCUUUUCACUCUGCUCUCUCCUCCUGCUCUCCCAUAUCCCGAUCAUCUCGGCCUGUAACAAAGCUCUGUGCGCCAGCGAUGUCAGCAAGUGCCUCCUACAGGGCCUGUGUCAGUGUCGACCAUCAGAAGGAAACUGUUCCUGCUGUAAAGAGUGUAUGCUGUGUUUGAGCACACUAUGGGAGGAGUGCUGUGAUUGUGUGGGCAUGUGUAACCCGAGGAACUACAGCGAGACCCCGCCAACUUCCAAAAGUACAGUGGAGGACCUCCAUGCGCCGAUCCCGUCACUCUUCAGGGCCCUCACUGAUGGAGACACUCCUAUCAACAUGAUGGUGGUGUCGUUCCCCGUGGUUGAGGAGCUCUCGCACCACGAGAACCUCGUGUCCUUCCUGGAGUCUCUGGAGCAAGAGCAUCAAAAUGUCUCGCUGCCUGGGACAAGCAUCCAUGACUCCUAUGAUAAAGAUACCCUUUGCACGGUGGUGUAUUUUGACGAGUGCUUGUCGAUACGCCAGUGUAAGCAGUACUGUGAGUCGAUGGGAGCGUCAAAGUACCGCUGGUUCCACAACGCGUGCUGUGAGUGCAUUGGGCCCGAGUGUGUGGACUACGGCAGCAAAGUGGUUAAAUGCAUGAAUUGUCUCUUCUGAGAGUUCUGACACACACACACACACACACACACAUUGGAUUGUGUUUCAGUAUCUUAUGGUUUACUCAUAUUAUAUUCCAUCGUUUAUUGCUGAUAAUGUCUCAUAUGAAUUUCGCGUUCUUUGCCUAAAAAGGGUCCUCUACAUCUUUACUGACGGUGUAUGUUAUUAAUAAUAAUUUUCUGUUUUAUUUAUGAUCUCGGCACAAAUUAAUGUAUGCGUAACCCUUUCCUGUUUGUGCCCUGUGUAUAGUAGUUAGGCACUAGAUGGCACUGUCUUACAAUAAAGCUUCCUGUUUGAUCACGUAGCCAAAAAAAAAGUGUAUAUACUGUACCACUCACCAUUAGUGCAGAAGAGGCAGUGGUUUGAAAUCAUAUAGAAGUGUUAUUUAUGUCCACUGUCAAUCUUUUGUGCAAAGAAACAUAAUCCUCCAGAAAGUAUGUCUCGUCUCGUCUCGUCUCGUCUCGUCUUCUUCCGCUUAUCCAGGACCGGGUCGCGGAGGCAGCAGUCUAAGCAUGGAAGCCCAAACUUCCCUUUCCCCAGACACCUCGGCCAGCUCCUCGGGAAGAACACCGAGGCGUUCCCAGGCCAGCCGAGAGACAUAGUCCCUCCAGCGUGUCCUGGGUCUUCCCCGGGGCCUCCUCCCGGGGGGACAUGCCUGGAACACCUCCCCAGGGAGGCGUCCAGGAGGCAUCCGAAAAAGAUGCCCGAGCCACCUCAGCUGGUUCCUCUCGAUGUGGAGGAGCAGCGGCUCUACUCCGAGCUCCUCCCGAGUGACUGUGCUUCUCACCCUAUCUCUAAGGGAGCGCCCAGCCACCCUGCGAAGGAAACUCAUUUCAGCCGCUUGUAUCCGCGAUCUUGUUCUUUCUGUCAUUACCCAAAGCUCAUGACCAUAUAUAUAUAUGCGCUUAAUAGAAAGGUUCAGGUUAUAUGUUCCAUUAUUAACACACUUAUUCACGUGAACAAACUAUGAACUUCAGUAUUAAUGCACCAUAAUUCACAUAAACAGAUUAACUAAGAUUUGUAUUAAUCGAUUGAUGUCCAAUAAACCAAAUAAGCCAAAAUAGUAACCAAUAGCCCUCGUGAAAAAUUUAAGCCCAGAAUGAGUAAUAUGAGCAACAGACGAACCUUAAUGAACAGACCUGAGACUGAAUUUGAAUUCAAGUUUUGUUGUGUUUAUACCACAAUUCUCAAAUCUGAUUGGUCAGAGGGCCCGUCCACACGAGUACGUUUUUGUCGAAUCCGCAUAAACACUUUGUCGUUUCGGCCUCGCGUCCAGACGGAUCUGGCUUUUUCGAGGUGUGAAACCGGUAUUUUUUGAAAACGGGUCCCAGAGUGUGAAAAUCCUAAAACGCUGGAUAGCCCGGAGUCGUCUGGACGGCGAAUGCGGAUUUUUUCAGAAACGAUGACGUAUAAGCCCCACCUCUCUAACCUUUAACCUCAGCCACCACCGCCGCUAGACGCAUCAUAACAACAACAACAACAAUGGCGGACUACAGGCUUGUGCUCGUACUGCGGAAACGUCCAAUGUGACACGAAGUAGAAGUUCCACUUCAUUGUCGGUCCACACAAAAGACUCUCCUCUUCCUCUCAGAGUUGCGCUGGCCAUGAUCGUCCUCUUCUCGUGUUAUGAGCUUGUUUGUAAACAGUGCGUGACCUUUAUAUGCAUGCUCCAUGGCUUCUCUUCCGGUUUUAGUGUAUUGGUGUGGCGGCGUCACAGCGCCAUAUACAGGCCUGGCAUAUGUACUACAGCGUUUUGGGUCGGUCCAGUGAAUCCGUGUGGACGCAGAUAUUUCUGGAAACGACGCCGUGUUUACGGAGAUUUUUUUCAAAACGACAGCGUCUUGGGUGAGGCCGCGUACUCGUGUGGACGGGCCCAGAAUGCGUUGAUUAAUUUGCUGUAACUGCAGAUCUGGCAAUAGUUCCAUCUGCAAGACAAAUCACAGCUUUCUCGUAAAGAACUCUUCACUGUUUAUCGUUUCUAUGGGAACAACUCAUUCAAAGGGACUUGUACAGCAAAUGUGCCACAUAAGCCAGAUUUUUAAUUUUUUUUAAUGUCUGUUAUGGCUCCUUUCUGUGAGGAGAACAUUAAUGGAAGGAGUCUCCAGUGUCAGUGCUUUGUACUUACUUGUUUCCGUAAAUUAUCCACCACAGGAACGUCUUCUGAUUAUUUUGUACUUUUCUGAUUUAUUAAAACAUUAAAUGUAACUAUUAAUGGUUAAAUGUAUGGCGUAUGAUGUUCAUUUCUUUAAUAAAUAAUAAUUAAAAAACA